AUGGGCAUCAAGGGCCUCACCGCGCUCAUCUCGGACGAGGCGCCUGGCGCGAUCAAGGAGAUGGAGAUCAAGACGUACUUCGGACGCAAGGUGGCCAUCGACGCGUCCAUGUCGCUGUACCAGUUCCUGAUCGCGGUGCGUCAGAACGACGGGCAGCAGCUCAUGACCGAGUCGGGCGAGACGACGUCGCAUCUGCUCGGCUUCUUCUACCGCACGCUCCGCAUGAUCGACUACGGGAUCAAGCCGAUGUACGUCUUCGACGGUACGCCGCCGGACCUCAAGAAGGAGCUGCUCAAGAAGCGGUUCGGGCGGCGCGAGGAGGCGCGCGAGCAGGAGGAGGAGCAAAAAGACGUUGCCGACGUGGAGAAGAUGGACCAGCUCGCGCGCAGGCAGGUGCGUCCCACACGGCAGCACAACGAGGAGGUGCGCCAGCUGCUCAAGCUCAUGGGCAUCCCCUGCGUCAUUGCACCCUCCGAGGCAGAGGCGCAGUGUGCAGAGCUCGCGCGUGCGGGUAAAGUCUUCGCCGCCGGAUCCGAGGACAUGGACACGCUCACCUUCGGCACGCCCAUCUUGCUCAAGCACCUCACUGCGUCUGAGCAGAAGAAGCUGCCCGUGCACCAGGUGGAUCUGCCCAAGGCGCUCGAGGGCCUGCAGAUGGACAUGCGCCAGUUCAUCGACCUCUGCAUCCUGCUUGGCUGCGACUACCUCGACCCCAUCAAGGGUGUUGGCCCCAAGACCGCGCUCAAGCUCAUUCGCGAACACAAGUCGCUCGAAAACGUCGUGGAGCAUCUGAAGGAGGAAGGCAAAAAGUCGGUGCAGAUCCCGGAGCAUUGGCCGUUCCAGGAGGCGCGCAGGAUCUUUGAGGCUCCCGACGUGCAGAAGGGCAAGGAUCUGGAGCUCAAGUGGGAGGCACCCGACGUCGAGGGCAUGGUCAAGUUCCUCUGCCAGGACAAGGGUUUUUCGGAAGACAGGGUGCGAAAGGGAUGCGAGAAACUCCAAAAGUCGCUCAGCCAGAAACAGCAGGGUCGUCUCGACGGCUUCUUCACCGUCAAGUCGGGCGCACCCGCACCAAAACGCAAGGCUGAGGACGACAAGAAGCCGAAGAAGAAGGGCAAGAAGUGA